UUUUAGAACUCUGUCGUGGGGGCACGUUCCAUAAAGCAUCUUUGCCUCUGAAAGGGCAGCCAGAAUCGUAGAAGCUUGAUUUUAUACAUGCUUCAAGCCCAGGAAACAGCAGAUCAAAGGGAAGAAGAGAGAGGGCACUGAAGAUUACACAACAAUUCGUUGUAAACUUCGCCAGGAAAGGAUCGAAGAUGACGAAGAAGGCGAGAGGUCUUAACAACCCUCAGUUAGGCUUCCUUGAGCACAAGAGGAAGGUCAGUCAGAGUCAAUGCUAAAAUCUGCUUCUGGAAGAAAUGGGUCGAUCAGAAGACUGGCUAUAUUUGCUUCAUGUUGUAUGCAAGGUCACUCUAUGUCACUUGGGGUGCUAAAGGCGAAUACUGGGAUUGGAACUGUUUCAAGGAAACAAGUGAUGAAAACAUUGAAGUAGCCAAACUUACGGCUGUUUGUUGGUUGGACGUGAGAGGGAAGGUGAACGUGUCGGAGCUGUCGCCGGAGGUUGUGUAUGAAGUUGUGUAUGAAGUAAAGUUGAAAAGAGGGGCUUCUGGGUGGGAGCUUCCCAUAAUACUUCAACUUUCACUACCAGAUGGAAGUAUUAAACAACGGCAAGUUAGUCUUUUGGAGAAGCCUAGAGGAGAAUGGAUAGAGCUGAGUGUCGGCUGCUUCAAGCCCAAGAAUGGAGACUCAGGAGAAGUGGGGUUCGAUAUUAUGGAGCAUGGAGGACAUUGGAAACGUGGGCUUAUAAUUAGGGGUGCCAUCCUUAGGCCAUCUCAGAGCAUGAGUAGUACUGAUCUCUGAGUCAAUUAUGGAAGAUAUAAUGCAAACAGAAAAUAUACAUAGUAAUCUCAUACUUUUUUAUAUUAUUAAAAAAUAUGAUUUUACUAUUUUAUUCUUCUUUAUUUUACAUUUUAAAAAUAAUAAUAUAUUAAAUAUGAGAUUGUUGUGUGGCAUGUCUCUAAUGCAAAUCGUCGAUCGAUGUGAUGAUAAACAUGCUGUGCUUAAUCGUUAGAUCUACCUUUAUGGAUAUUGACUGUUAUGGAUAUUUGAUAAUUACAGAGUUGAAAAAUAUUUUUGAGA